AAACCAUUUAUGGCCUUAUCUUAACUAUGUUAUCCUAAAAGAAUCUAUAACAAGAUUCCUGCCAUGUACAAAAAAUAUAACAAAAAUACCAUAUUAUUUUUUUCCAUAGUUCAUUUCAUGGUUAUGUUGAAUUUUUCACUCUACAAACAAGAAUAACAGGUAAUUCUCUUUUUAAUUAAAGUUCAACAUGAUUUUUGGAAGUCCAUGAGGAUUCCUAUAGUCGACUCCAACUUGUAUUACAUUGAGGCAUAGUUGUUGUUGUACCAAGUGGUCACCACAACUUGUUUGGGAUCGAGGCAUAGUUAUAAUAUUGAGGGGUUGGGAGGUCUUGUAUAGCCGACUCCAACUUAUGUGAGAUUGAUACGUAGUUGUAGUUGUAUCAAGGGGUCGUGAAGUCUUGUAUAGCUGUCCACAACUUGUUUGGGAUCGAGGCAUAGUUAUUGUAUUGAGAUUGAUACAUAGUUAUAGUUGUAUCAAGGGGCUGUGAAGUCUUGUAUAACAGACCAUAACUUGUUUGGGAUCGAGACAUAGUUAUUAUAUUGAGGGGUCGGGAGGUCUUGUAUAGAUAGCCGACUCCAACUUGUCUGAGAUUGAGAAUGUACUUCUAGUUGUGUCAAGGGGUUAGAAAGUCUUGUAUAGCCGAACAUAACUUGUUUGGGAUCGGGACAUAGUUAAUAUUGUAUUGAGGGGUUGGUAACUUUCACUGAUAUCGCUAGACUACUAAUACUACUAACCAAAAUGACUAGUAUUAUUCCAGGUGAAAUCUUUGCUCAAUGCCCCCUUUUCUCAAAGCCAACAUCUCAAUCUCAAAAGCACAAUGUUGUUGUAAGAUAUAGUAGCAAUGAGUACAAUAAUAAAGUAAAGACUGGAAAUCAUCAAAAGGUCAAAGUUUCUAGUGAAAAUAGACCUACUACACAUGUACAUUCCAAUGAUAUCAAAGUGCUAAAUUGGUCAUGUAAAGUAGGCAAAUAUGAUGAAACUUUGUAUCUUCUUGAAUGUAAGGUGAAGAGUGGUUAUAAACCUGAUGUGAUUCUAUGUACAAAGCUCAUUAAGGGGUUCUGCAACUCGAAAAAUUCGGUGAAAGGAGAGAAAGUUAUGCAGAUAUUGGAACAGUAUGGUGAACCAGAUGUGUUUGCAUAUAAUGCACUCAUUAGUGGAUUCUGCAAAAUGAAUAAAAUUGAAGAAGCAAAUAAGGUGUUGAACCGGAUGAAAGCGCGUGGCUUUCCUCCAGAUUCUGUUACGUAUAAUAUCUUGAUAGGUAGUCUUUGUGAUAGAGGGAAACUAGGAUCAGCAUUGAAGUUGUUGGAUCAGUUGAAAGAAGAGAGCAACUGUAAGCCUACUGUUAUUACAUAUACAAUCUUGAUAGAGGCAACGAUUCUUGAAGGCGGAAUUCAUGAAGCAAUGAAGCUUCUCGAUGAGAUGUUAUCGAGAGAGUUGCAACCUGAUAUGUACACUUAUAAUGCAAUUAUCCGGGGAAUGUGUAGAGAGAAGAUGAUGGAUCAAGCCUACGAGUUCGUUAGGAGCUUGCCAUCUAAGGGAUGCAAACCUGAUGUGAUUUCGUAUAACAUUUUGUUAAGGGCAUUGCUGAAUAAAGGGAAAUGGAGUGAUGGUAAGAAGCUAAUGAAUGAGAUGUUUUCUGCAGGAUGUCAACCAAAUGUGGUUACUUACAGUAUCUUGAUGAGUGGUUUAUGCAGAGAUGGGAAGUUGGACGAGGCGAUUAACUUGUUAAAGAUCAUGAUGAAUAGUGGAUUAACCCCUGAUACAUUCACUUAUGAUCCAUUGAUAUCUGCAUUCUGCAAAGGAGGGAGGUUAGAUUUGGCUAUUAAGUUCUUGGAUUACAUGAUCUCGAACGGGUGCUUGCCUGAUAUAGUGAACUAUAACACUAUACUUUCUACAAUGUGUAAGAAAGGGAAAGCAGAUGAAGCAAUGGAAGUGUUUGAUAAGCUCGCGGAAAUAGGAUGUCCUCCUGAUGUGAGCACUUAUAACACACUGAUGAGCGCAUUAUGGCAUAAUGGAGGGAGAGCUCGGGCGUUGAAAUUGGUAUCAGAGAUGAUAGAAAAAGGGAUUGAUCCUGAUGAGAUAACUUUUAAUUCAUUGAUUUCAUGUUUAUGUAGAGAUGGUAUGGUGGAUGAGGCACUUGACUUGUUAGGUGAUAUGGAGGGUAAUGGUUUUCCACCUACUGUUAUUACUUACAACAUUUUGCUUCUUGGAUUAUGCAAAGCUCAUAGAGUUGAUGAGGCAAUUGAAGUGCUAGUAGAAAUGGUAGAAAAAGGGCGUAAGCCAAAUGAAACUACUUACAUUCUACUCAUUGAAGGUAUUGGUUUUUCAGGAUGGAGAGUUCAUGCAAUGGAGUUGGCUACCGCGAUUUAUCAUAAGAAUGCUAUCGCGAAAGAAUCACUUCAACGAUUGAGAAAAACCUUCCCUGUACCUGAUGUUUAUAGUAAAGACAUUACGCUGAUCUCAGAAACCAGAAAGUAGCUUCUUGUAUUUGUUUCUGAUAUGCUUCUCUGUAUCGUUCCAAUUUUAUCAUAAAGUCCGCAUAGGGACAGGUUUUGUUCAUAUCAAUGUUCAGUACUUGUACUUCACUGACAGUCUAAGCAAUGUUCAAUACUUGUACAUCAAUGACAGUAAUAAAGAUAUCAGGCUUCUCUGUCUGCACUCUUUA